UGACCUUCUUUAAUGACAUCAUCAAGAAGAUACUUGGAGCAAAGUUCAAGCCUCUCCACCUAUCUGUUACAUAAAAUAAAGAAUGGCCUAUUGGUGGGAACCAGAUGUAAAUCCCAGUGAAUUAAAUAAAGAACAGCACAAGGACCAAAAUUUUCACUCUGAAAAUGAAUCCCUUUCCAGCAGACAAACCAGCCUGGGUUUUGAUCAUUUGGUAGAUGUGAUCAGUAAGGAAAAUCAACUUUAUCAGAGUGAGUGUGAGAAAAACAUCAUGUUUGUACCUCGUUUACCAUACAGGGACGUGAAAACUCAUUCAUUGGAUUCUACACACCAAAUAUUCACAGAUGAAUUCACUUCUAAGAGCCCAGAACUCUUCUGUAACCAAGAAAAGAGCAUUCCAACCAUUGGUUUUAAGCCUUCAGUGCUGCCAAAUCCUCAAGGCAACAAUGAUAGCUCUUGGAGAAUGUUCACAGGAGAAAACAAUGGAGCUGAUGAUGACGGAUUCAAUAUGUUAACUCCAUCACCUACAUGUAAGGGUGAAAUUAGUCCUCAAAGAAAACUGAAAAAUGCAAAUUAUAGCAAUUGUAUUGGAUCUGAAAGUAAUAUUCCUCCUAUAUAUCCAUCCUUGACAACUGAUUUCAUGUCAGAAGAUGAGAAAAAGAAGAAAAAUAUAAAUAUUAUGGAAACUUCUCUGAUGCUCUCUAAAAGGUCCUUUCUACCCAGCUCAUGGGAAAGCAUACAACCCAAAUCCAUAGAGCUAAUAGGUACCAUUCAGCUCAUUGAAGUACCUCAAGGUAGUAAUUUGAGACUGGCCUCCUUCUGCAAUGAAGUAAAAAGAAUAAGAGAAAUGUAUCAUGCAGCUGACAUUAAUUCGAAUUCAGGAAAGAUCUGGAGCCCUACAACUGCAUUUCCACAUCAGCUCUUUUGCAACACUAAGUUUAAUAUAAAGGUUUUUAUGGAUACGUCAACAGAAUUACUUAAUUUAAUGCCAGAUGCAAAUUAUCUAGUUAAAGACCUAAUAACAGAAAUCCUGCAAUUUCAUACAAAGGAGCAUGUAAUAUUUCCCAACGAUCACCUUCUCAGCAUAUGUGGUUAUGAAGAAUUUUUGCAGAAUGAUUACUCUUUGGGGAGCCACAAAAUAUUUCAGAAAGAUAAAUCGGCUAUUCAACUUUACCUACAGAAAAACAAGAAAACUCCGGGAAAGUUAUCACGAAAGAAUGAAGAUGACCACAGCCAGUUUUAUCUGAACCAACUCCUAGAAUUUAUGCAUAUUUGGAAAGUACCCAGACAGUGCCUCUCAACUGUACUCAAAAAAUAUGACUUCCAUCUGAAAGGCCUUUUGGAAACCCAGCAGAAUAUGGACAAUAUUGUUGAAGAUGUUAAAAAUAUAUGCAGUAUUCUGGGAUGUGUGGAAACUAAAGAAAUUACAGAUGCAAUAAAUGAACUAAAUUUAAUACUUCAGAGAAAAUCAGGGAAAAAGGUUAUUUGCUGCUUUGGAAGUGGGUUUAAGAUUAGCUAUAAAGUAUUUUCCUUUUCCUGUUGGCUUACAUAUGCUGGAAAGAAGUUAUGUCAAGUGAGAAACUGCAGACAUAUUCCAGUUAAAAAACUGCUUUUUUUCUUGGUUAACUGGAAUGAAAUGAUUAAUUUUCCUCUUGAAAUAAAGUCACUUCCAAGGGAAUCCAUGCUUACAAUUAAACUGUUUGGGAUUAUGAAUGCCAAUACCAAUGCAACUUUAUUAGCCUGGACUUCUUUUCCACUAUUUUCAAAAAGCAAAUCCAGUAUUGGGUCAGUACUCUUCAGCAUGGCAUUACAGAGCGAUCCACCCAUAGAAAUGAUAGCUCCAGGAGUGUGGGAUAUAAGUCACCCAUCCCCAGUAAUCCUGCAGAUUGAUUUUCCAGCCACUGAGUGGGAGUAUAUGAAAUCUGAUUUUAAAGAGACCAGAAGUAAUUUGGAAGAACCACCAAAAGAGUGUUUAAAACACAUCGCCAAACUUUCACAGAAACUGUCUCCUUUACUGCUCUCUGAGGAAAAGAGAAGAUAUUUAUGGUAUUAUCGCUUCUACUGCAAUAAUGAAAACUGCUCUCUACCUUUAGUCCUGGGUAGUGCCCCAGGAUGGGAUGAAGGAACUAUAUCAGAAAUGCAUGGCAUUUUAAAAAGGUGGAAAUUUUCCCAUCCUUUGGAGGCACUUGGACUUUUGACUUUCAGUUUUGCUGAUCUAGACAUUCGUAAAGUGGCUGUGCAACAAUUAGACAAACUCUUGAAUGAUGAAUUACUGGAAUUUCUCCCACAACUAGUUCAGGCCAUGAAGUUUGAAUGGAAUCUUGAAGGUCCUCUAAUGCAAUUUCUAUUAAACCGUUCCUUGCAAAGUGUCCAGAUAGCCCAUCGUCUUUACUGGCUGCUAAAAGAUGCACAGAAUGAAGCCUAUUUUCAAAACUGGUAUCAGAAGUUGUUGGCAGCUCUCCAAUUCUGUGCAGGAAAAGCCUUAAGUGAUGAGUUUUCCAAGGAGAAGGAACUUAUCAAAAUUCUAGAAGAUAUUGGGGCAAAAGUCAAGUGUGCAAGUGACCCCCGAAGACAGGAGGUACUGGAGAAAGAACUCGAAAGACUAGAAGAAUUUUUUCAUUCUAUAGACACUUGCCACCUGCCUUUGAACCCUGCCCUUUGCAUAAAGGGAAUUGAUCGCAAGGCAUGUUCGUAUUUCACAUCUAAUGCUUUGCCAUUGAAGAUCACUUUCAUGAAUGCUAAUCCAAUGGGCAAAAACAUCAGUGUUAUUUUUAAGGCUGGAGAUGAUCUUCGUCAAGAUAUGCUUGUUCUGCAGAUUAUUCAAGUGAUGGACAGCAUUUGGGUACAAGAGGGCCUGGACAUGCAAAUGAUCAUUUAUAGAUGUCUAUCUACAGGAAAAGGCCAAGGUUUGGUGCAGAUGGUGCCUAAUGCUGUAACACUUGCAAAGAUCCAUCGCCACUGUGGCCUCAUAGGCCCACUUAAAGAAAACACAAUUAAAAAGUGGUUCUGUGAGCACAACCCUUUGAAGGAAGACUACGAAAAGGCCUUGAGGAACUUCUUCUAUUCUUGUGCUGGAUGGUGUGUGGUGACAUUCAUUCUCGGAGUCUGCGACCGUCACAAUGACAAUAUUAUGCUGACAAAGUCAGGCCACAUGUUUCAUAUUGACUUUGGAAAGUUCUUAGGCCAUGCACAAACUUUUGGAGGGAUAAAAAGGGACCGAGCUCCAUUUAUUUUCACUUCAGAGAUGGAGUACUUCAUUACAGAAGGUGGGAAAAAACCACAAAAUUUUCAAAGCUUUGUAGAGCUUUGUUGUCGGGCUUAUAAUAUUGUCAGAAAGCACAGCUGUCUGCUCUUGAACCUGCUAGAAAUGAUGCUCCAUGCAGGACUGCCUGAGCUAAGUGGAAUCCAAGACCUGAAAUACGUGUAUAAUAACCUUCGUCCACAAGACACAGACCUUCAAGCAACAAGUCACUUUACUAAGAAAAUAAAAGAAAGUCUGGAGUGUUUCCCUGUGAAAUUGAAUAAUUUGAUCCACACUCUUGCACAAAUGUCAGCAAUAAAUCCAGUGAAAUAUACUCCUCAGACUUUCCCCCAGGAAUCCCAUAUGCUGGGUGCCAAGAGGUCAAUUCAAAGAGCAAGAAUAUUGGGGUUCAGCAAGAAAACGAGUAAUCUGUAUCUUAUCCAAGUCCUACAUGGUCACAAUGAGACAAGCCUGAUAGAAAAAUCCUUUGACCAGUUUUCCAACCUCCACAGCCACCUUCAGAAGCAGUUUGCAUCAGUUACUCUGCCUGAGUUUCCUCACUGGUGGCACUUACCUUUUACAAAUUCAGAUCACAAAAGAUUCAGAGACCUAAAUCAUUACAUGGACCAGAUAUUAAAUGGAUCAUAUGAAGUCACAAAUAGUGAUUGUGUACUCAGCUUUUUCCUCUCUGAGCCUCUGCAACAUACAACCAAAGAAUUGCCACCUUUGGAUGUAGGUGAGGAGUUUCCUGACAAGAAACCCAAAGUGCAGUUAGUCAUAUCACACGAGGAUUCGAAGCUGACCAUACUAGUGAAGCACAUGAAAAAUAUACAUCUCCCAGAUGGCUCUGCGCCCAGUGCACAUGUUGAAUUUUAUCUUUUACCAUAUCCCAGUGAAGUUCGUAGAAGGAAAACAAAAUCUGUUCCAAAAUGUACUGACCCCACAUACAAUGAAAUUGUGGUAUAUGAUGAAGUCACAGAACUCCAAGGACAUGUCUUAAUGCUGAUUGUAAAGAGCAAAACCAUCUUUGUGGGAGCAAUUAACAUCCAACUCUGUAGUGUCUUGCUCAAUGAAGAAAAAUGGUAUUCACUUGGAAACAGUAUAAUUUGACCACUGUUGUGAAUAUAUGCAUUAUUCAUUAACUAUUUGUAUUUUUCUCCACUUCUGGGCCUCUCUAUCAUGUGAGCAGAAUUUUCUGAUAGUUCAAAUGCAGAGCAUGCUAAGGAAAUUAA